GUGAAAGCAAACUUGAAAUGUGGAGCGUAUCUGGCACAGUACGGCUGCUCCUGGGGGCAAUCCUGGUAGCUACAGCCACAGCGGGAUCAGGCAAUAACUCUUCAAAGGUGGUUGUCUGCUACCAGGGCACUUGGUCUGUGUACCGACCUGGUCUUGGAAAGUUCGGGGUGGCGGAAAUUGAUCCCUUCCUAUGCACACAUUUAAUCUACGCUUUCCUGGGCAUCGAGGAGACGGGAAAGCUGCGAGUCAUCGACGCCUAUUUGGACCUCGAGGACAAUGGGGGAAAGGGCAAUAUCAAGAGUUUCAAUGCUCUCAAGUUAAAGAAUCCCACACUGAAGACUUUGAUGGCCGUGGGUGGUUGGAAUGAAGGUUCCAAGAAGUUCUCCAUAGUGGCCAGCGAUCCUGAAAAGCGAGCUGUGUUUGUGGAUGAUGUGGUCAAGUUUUUGCAGCGACAUGGAUUCGAUGGCUUGGAUCUGGACUGGGAGUACCCAGGCCAGCGGCACAGUCUGGCAAACGAGGAUCGUUCCAACUAUAUCGCUUUUCUCAAGGAACUUAAAGAGGGGCUUGAACCUUUCGGCUUCAUUUUAACCGCCGCUGUGGGUUCCGCUCAGUUCUCCGCAGAGAUCUCAUACGACAUCCCUUCCAUUGUCCCGUACCUGGACCUCAUCAACGUAAUGGCGUACGAUCUGCACGGGCCUUGGGAUCCGGUAGUGGGCAUUAACGCCCCAUUGUAUGGCUCGGCUAGCGAUGCCACCGACUCCACUGGGCGGCAACAGCAGCUAAACGUGGACGCCAUUGUCAAGUACUGGUUGCAGGCCGGUGCUCCGGCACAGAAACUGGUGCUCGGGGUUCCCUUUUACGGGCGCACCUUCACCCUGGCCACUGGCGAUGGCCAUGAGCCGGGAUCGCCGCACAUUGGAAAGGGAAUUGCUGGAAAAUAUUCCCGCGAACCUGGCGUGCUGGGCUACAACGAGCUGUGCGAGCAGAUGGGGGAGGAGGAAUGGACCCAGAAAUGGGAGUCGGUUCAGCAAGUGCCCUACGCCUACAGACAGCGACAGUGGGUGGGCUACGAGGACAUGCGCAGCCUCUCGCUGAAGGCCCAGUUUGUGAUGCAGCACCAGCUGGGAGGCAUUAUGAUCUGGUCUCUGGAGUCGGAUGACUUCCGCGGAACCUGCGGCCAGCAGCGUUAUCCGCUGUUGCACGAGAUCAACCGCGUGCUCUUUGGAAGCGGCACUCCCACAGGACUAACUGCAGAGUCCAAUGAGGACCAGCCCAGUGAAGUAUUUAGCUGCUCCGCAGAUACACCUCUUGGUUACGUCCGCGACCCGAACAACUGCUCCAAGUUUUACUACUGCAGCGGGGGCAAUACCCACAGCUUCGACUGUCCCAGCGGGCUAAACUUCGACCUAACCACCAACAGCUGCAACUAUUCAGAUUCAGUAAACUGUUGAUUUUUGAAUGUUCAACCGAAAA